AUGGCGGUUGUUGAUGCCGAUUACAAUUUUUUAUAUGCUGAUGUCGGAUGUCAGGGCCGAAUUUCAGACGCCGGAGUUUUUCGAAAUACAUCUUUUUUUAAACAGCUUGAAGAACAAAAAUUAGAGAUUCCACCAGCAGAAAAAUUGAUUGGACAGGAAAAGGCAGUACCAUACGUAUUUGUUGCAGAUCAAGCAUUUCCUUUAAAACAGAACGUACUUAGACCUUACCCCGGCUCUCAUGAAAAGGGAUCGGAUAAAAGAAUUUUCAACUACCGUUUGUCGAGAGCCCGGCGAGUUGUCGAAAAUGUUUUUGGUAUUCUAUCUGCCGUAUUUAGGGUAUUUAGAAAACCGAUGCUACUUGAACCUCAGAAGGCUGAGGUUAUAGUAAUGGCAUGUGUAUACCUACACAAUUUUCUAAGAAAAGAAAAGUCAACGAGAGAUAUUUAUUCACCAACGGACUUAAUUGAUCAUGAAAUUGAAGGGCACCUUGUCGAUGGAACGUGGAGACAAGAAAUACAGACUAACAGUGCAUUCACUCCUAUGGAAAGGGUUGGAAGAAGAUCAUCACGUUCGGCAGAAGAAAUUCGAGAUGAAUUCGCUGAAUAUUUUUCAAGUGUUGGUGCAGUGCCAUGGCAAUCAAAAUUAGCAUAA